AUGUACUCGUAUUUGCGCAGUGUUGUUGAAUCGGUGAUGCAGAAGAGCAACACCGAAGAACUUUUAGCUAUGGAGCAUAACAUACUUGACGAAGAGGAGCAAAAGGAGAGUGAUGAAGCAAAGAAUGGAUUGAUAGACAAGGGCAACACUAGUGAUGAGGACGAUGACAAUGAGGCUUCCUCGUCACGAUGCUCUAAGCGGAAAGGCGUCAUUACGCAAGUAAUUGCCAAAGGUGGCUUUAUUAACAACACUAUUCCAUUUGAAAAGAAGGCAGCACUUGAAUUAUUUAGCGAUCUGCACGCUGGUUGUGUGGUCGAGUAUUUAUCCUACAUGACCCUGCACGGUGAUGAGAGAGUCGUUAAGAUCGAAAACAUUCUCGAGUACAAUUGGGAAGACCAACAAUUGAACAAGAUGCAACAGGCACUGGAUGCACUGAAACUUGACAAACCGAAGUUCUUCAACACACAGACAAGCAAAAUUUUGGGCGUCAUCAAGCGGCGUUCGCCGUCUAGCAUCGAAGUAGAGACUGACUAUGGAGAUCACAGCGUUGAGUUGGACAACAUUGAGUUGUCAUUCAUACCGAGGCAAGGCGAUGCCGUCAAUCUCGAGUGCAACGUGCAGCUGGAUGAGGGUUACGUCGAUAAACAGGGCGAAAUAUUGGAAGUAUUAAAUGUGUCUCCAGCCCGCAUAGAAACCAAUGAAAAGUGCAUUGUGGAACGAGUAUUCGAGGAGUUUUGUGUGCUCGAUUCGAAUGGUUAUGUGCUCAAGGAAGACUUACCAAACGAUUGCGAAUUGCAUCUGGGCGAUAUUCUGAAGGCCGAUUUAAUCGAGUGCAGCUAUGGCAAAUACUCACGCCGUGCCAUCAAAAUCUCAUUGCUGGAAAAGAACUUUGGUCAAGUGAAGAAGACACUUGAGAAUCAUAGCGCUAGCAAGCAUGCAAUCAACAUAGAGGGCAAGGAUCGCUACGUUUUCUCGGAACAGUGGAAGAAGGAGAAGGUCACAUUGAAAGUGCGUUCGAAUUGCAAUCGAGACUUAACCUUGAAUAGUAUCGAGAUCAAGAACAGCGAUGCUGCACAGAUUAGUGUGGUAGAACCACUUAGCCCCAGGAAUUUGACCAUAGGGGGAGAUAUCUCCAUCGUACUCGAAGUUCACACGAAAUUUAUUGGCGAAUCGAAAGAAAGAUUCGUCUUGCACUUUGACAAUUUCAAAUUUGCGCGUCAUCUAACCAUUAUCGUGUGUAAUUCGGACAUUGAGGCCAAGGAAUCGGAACUACGUCUAAUUGCCGCCGAGCACAUGCGUGUUUUUGGGCGCACUGAGGCGCAACGAUCGCGAUAUUAUGCCAAUCAAGUGUGGUCCACAAAGAAUGUGCUUGUGCAGGGUCAACCCACAAUAACCAAAUCCCGCUUCCUCAAGCACCGCAUUGGAUCAUUCGAUGUGCCGGUGGCACUGCGUGAAAUUGUUCUCGGCACUGAGCGUCGUCGCGAUAUGGAUCAUGAGUUGACCACCCACUAUCCAUACCUUGAGGGUCCACUCACCAUUGAGAACUAUGUGCAGCGCUUUGGCGUGCUGCUGCACCUCGAGGAGAUUAAUCUAACGGUUAGUAUGCGCAACUAUGAUCGAGAGCGUGCCCAUUUUUGCCGCGACGGCGAAUUUCUUUCGCUGCACAUUGAGAAUCUAGCAGAGCGCCGUCCGUCGCUGGUGCUGGGCGAUACAGUGCACGCCAUUAAUCCUUGGGCAAAUGUCAACAGCAAGGAUACGAAGAUCUAUGAGGGCUUUGUGCAUAAGGUGCUCCACAAUCGCAUUCUCUUGAAAUUUAACGCUGGCUUCCAGGAUCCCUACAAUGGCGAAGAUUAUCGCUUGACCUUCCAUUUCUCACGGAUGCCGUUCCGUAAACAGCAUUUCGCCAUCAGGCAAGCUCUUACCCAAAUUGGAGAACACACUUUGUUUCCCAAAACUAUCAUCAAGCACGAGAAUCCACAACUGGACAUUCAAUUCAAGGAUAACACAAUGCAUCUGUAUAGCGAUCAAUUGCGGUGGUUUAACAAAUCACUGAAUUCCAUUCAAAAACGCGCAGUUGCGAAUAUUCUGCGUGGCGAAGCAAAGAACACGCCGUAUGUCAUCUUUGGUCCGCCGGGCACGGGCAAAACUGUCACGCUAGUCGAGACUGUGCUGCAGUUGGUCCACAAUUUGCCUUCGUCUCGUUUGCUGGUCUGUGCUCCUUCGAACAGCGCUGCGGAUCUCAUCACCAAGCACAUCAUUGACAGCAAAGUUUUACCCCAUGGCGAAUUCAUACGUCUCGUUGGACAGAAUCAGAUUGAGAGGGGUUUAAUACCCGAUGAGCUGAUCAGACACUGUGGCACAGCAGACAUUGGCAUCGCAGAUAAUCGCACCGAAAGCAUGGUUGUGACUGAAGCGGGUCUCAAGCUGCGUUGCCAGUCGAAGUUCAUCGCUUUGCGCCGCAUUAUCAUUAGCACCUGCACCACCAUGGGCAACUUUCUGCAAAUGGACUUUCCAAGCAAUCACUUUACACACUUACUCAUCGAUGAGGCAGCCCAAUGCACCGAACCAGAAACUAUGGUGCCAAUUAUGGUGCUCAAGCGCGGCCAAUUAAUUCUCGCUGGCGACCCUCAGCAGCUGCAGUCAGUUGUGAUUGACCCAAAAGCCAAACAGUACGGCAUGCAAAUCUCGUUGUUGGAACGUCUUUUACAGCUUGAACCUUAUCGCAAGGAUAAGCAACGUUUUCCUGACUUCUCUGGCUACAAUCCUUGCCUGCUAACGAAAUUGUUGAACAAUUAUCGUGCGCUGCCCACUAUAAUGGAUGUCUAUAGCAAACUUUUUUACGACGAUGAGCUCAUCUCUAUGGUCUCGGAGAAGGAUUCGCGCGAGUUGCAUUUGUUGACAGACCUUCAUGAGAUUUUUAAGCCCAUCAGGGAUAUUCCAUAUAAUCAGGGCACCUUCUUUCAUGGCAUUAUUGGUGAAAAUUUACAGGAAAUGGACUCCCCAUCGUGGUUUAAUCCCGCUGAGGCGCGAGAGGUCUUUCUAACGACCAUUCAUUUGUAUCGCCGCAAUGUGAAGUCAGAUCAGAUUGGCAUAGUGACUCCGUACUCUAAGCAGGUCAAGUCCAUCAGGGACAUGUUCAUUGUGGCUGACGUGGUCAUGCCAAAGAUUGGCACUGCCGAGGAAUUCCAAGGACAGGAACGUGACAUUAUUCUCAUUUCAACCGUGCGGUCCUCAGAAACCAUAAUCACAAGUGAUCUCAAGUUCAAUUUGGGAUUUGUCCAGUGCAGGAGACGCAUGAAUGUUGGCAUCUCUCGUGCUCGAGCUUUGCUCAUCGUCUUUGGCAACCCCAACCUGCUUUCUCUCGAUGACAAUUGGCGUAAAUUUAUUCUUUAUUGUGCCCACAAUAAUGCAUAUUUCGGCUGUGAAUUGCCACGAUCCGUACUUAAGAACGGGAAUGAUGAAGAUGAUGAUGACACUGACUCGGACAGUCAGUCAGACAGUUAAUAUUUUGUUCCUUAAUACCAUUACUAAUCAUUGCUAGAUUUAUCCAAAGUCUCGAAUAUAGACAAUUCCAAUGAAUGAAUUUCGGCAAUCGCCUUUAUAAGUUGAACUUUAAUUUUGUUUACAAUCACAUUUGUAUCCUAGACAUAUAAGAAAGUAUUAUGACAAUGAAUGAAUAUGAAUUUCCAAACACACACUAUUAUUCAGU